AUGUUUACUAAAGAAAACAGCAUCUUUAUUAUUAUAAUAGCUGGAGAAUGCAUAAUAGGUAUGCUGGGAAAUGGAUACAUUGCACUAAUGUGCUGGACUGAUUGUACGAAGAAGAAAAAGACCUCCUCACUUAACUACAUCCUCACAAUUUUGGCUAUUUCCAGAAUUUGUUUGCUCUUCAUAUUAAUAGUAAGUGACAUGGCACCAUUACUCUUUCUAGAUUACUAUAGAAAUAUUAAACUAGUAUUAGUAAUUAGUGUCUUCUGGAUAAUCAUCAAUUACUCAAGUUUGUGGUUUGCCACCUGCCUCAAUAUCUUCUAUUUACUGAAGAUAGCAAAUUUCUCCUGCCCACUUUUUCUCUGGCUGAAAUGGAGAAUUGACAGGGUGAUUUACUGGAUCCUUUUGGGUAGCUUUGUCAUUUCCUUUUUGAGCAGCCUUCUGAUGCUGAUGCCACAUUAUUAUGAAGAGAUUUAUAAGCAUAUAAAGCAUAAAAUAAACAUCACUGAAAUGUUUCAUGUGAAUGAAAUCAAAUACUUCAGCCCAACAACCCUCCCUAACCUUUUGGCAAUUGUUCCAUAUACUGUGUCACUUAUUGCAUUUUUCCUGUUAAUUUUGUCUCUGUGGAGACAUAUCAAACAAAUGAAACUUACUAUUACAGGCUGGAGAGACCCCAGCACAGAAGCCCAUGUUGCAGCCAUGAGAAAUGUGACAUCAUUUCUUUUUCUCCUAUUUAUAUACUAUGGGGGUUGUCUUAUGGUAACUUUUAGCUACCUUAUAGAAGAAGAAAGAUUAGUGUCUGCGUUUGGAAAAAUUAUGGUGGUUCUCUAUCCUUCUGGGCACUCCCUUAUUUUAAUUAUUGGAAAUAGCAAGCUGAGGCAAACAUCUGUCAGAAUAUUGCGAUGUGGGAAGGGGGAAGGAAAUUGUCUAGUAGAAAAUAUUAGCUUUAUAAAAUAG